AUGACGUCCAACGCAGCAGUGAAAGCAGCCAAGCUUCAGGUGACACCUCGGCGCUGGCAUGCACGUGGUCACGCGGACCAUGGAUGGCUCAAGACGUUCCACACAUUUUCGUUUGCUUCGUACUACGAUCCUGACCACAUGUCGUUCUCGAACCUGCGCGUAAUCAACGAAGACCGCGUAGCGGCAGGAAAGGGGUUCGGUGCACACCCGCACCGAGAAGCCGAGAUAUUCUCGCUCGUACUCAACGGUUCGCUCGAGCACAAGGACAGUAUGGGCAACACCGAGAUCCUGCGUCGCGGCGACGUGCAGUUCACCUCGGCCGGAACAGGCAUCCGACACAGCGAGAAGAACGGCGGCAAAGAUACGGUGCACUUCCUGCAGAUUUGGUACACCCCGGACGUCUCCGGACUGCAACCUAGGUACUACACGACGCAUGCUUCGGACGAAAGCAAACGAGACACUCUCAAGACGCUCAUCAAACCCAUCUCUACAUUCAGCAAACAAGACCAGCAGAAAUCCGGCCUGCUCCCCGAAGGAUCGCCUAUCCCGUCUCACUCAACUCUGGUGACGCGCACUUCGAUCCUCUCACCCGCAAGCAGCGUCACCCAUAUACUCGGCGCCGACUCUGAAGCGCAAGACGGCACAGAGAGGUGGUGCUAUAUCCACCUCGCCCAAACGUCGGGCUACAAGGAUCCCGAACUCAAAGACGUCGGCAUCAAGAACGAAGCCAGCAUCACUUUCAGCGAUGGUGACCACACUCAGUACACCCUCAAGGAAGGUGAUGGUGCUUACAUCAAGGGUGGUAAAGCAGGCCAUGGUAUCGAGAUCAAGAACCAGGGUGACAAAGAUGCCGAGUUUGUCCUUUUCGAUCUCAAGCCUCAGAAUGCUAGCUCGAAUUGGUAA